GACCAGCACGUUCCGGACAUGACGUGGCAAUCCAAUCCAUCAACCUCAAAUGAGGCCAUCUGUCAGUGGUGGCGGCUAGGUGCCAUUUGAGCGCAGGUGCGAGCCGGCUUUUCCGUCAACCCUGUAGGCAGCGCCGCCGCCGCUAUAGCUCUAUAUAUCUUUCCUCGAUUCCUCCGUUCCAUUCUUGUGUUGAAUUUUUUUCUGGGUCAGUAAGAGACGGAGAACAGAACGGAACCGGCCGGAGAAAAGCCAAGCCGCCGGAUACAAUACAAUUGUUGUCUGCUCGUAGUAUAUUCUCUUCAGAUUCCUCGCAUCUUGCAGACAAAGAUUUCUAGGGUUUCUGCCUGCCUGCCAGCCUUUCGCUGCCACCAUGUGGCGCUACUUGUCCGGAGCUUUUGAUGCCUAUCCGGCUUCCCGAAGAUUUCGCCCGGUGAAUUGCAAAAUCAAAUCAUACUACCAAUCAAGGAAUAGCAUCGGACGCAGUUCACUGAAUGGUCAUCUAGGUCGAUCCUUGACAAAGAUGUUUGCAAUUUCAUGUGAGAAGUUAUCAGUAGAUGAGCCAAAAGAUAAUUCUGUUUCUGAUAUGUUAGUUGACUCCUUUGGGAGGCUACAUACGUACUUGAGAAUCUCCCUGACGGAGCGCUGCAAUUUACGUUGCCAGUACUGUAUGCCAGCGGAGGGUGUGGAACUCACUCCUAGUCCCCAACUUCUCUCACAGAAUGAGAUUAUUCGUCUAGCCAGUCUUUUUGUCAGCUCUGGGGUGGAUAAAAUUCGUCUGACUGGUGGAGAGCCUACCAUUAGGAAAGAUAUUGAAGGGAUUUGCUCACAGCUCUCCAACUUGAAAGGUCUAAAGACCUUGGCUAUGACAACAAAUGGAAUCACAUUAGCAAGAAAACUUCCCAAGUUGAAAGAGUGUGGGCUUAGUGCAUUGAAUAUUAGCUUAGAUACAUUGAUCCCAGCAAAAUUUGAAUUUCUGACCAGACGAAAAGGUCAUGAAAAGGUUAUGGAGUCAAUUAAUGCUGCCAUAGACCUUGGAUACAAUCCUGUUAAAGUGAAUUGUGUUGUAAUGCGUGGAUUCAAUGAUGAUGAAAUAUGUGAUUUUGUGGAGUUGACUCGUGAGAAACCAAUUAAUGUUCGGUUUAUUGAGUUUAUGCCUUUCGAUGGAAAUGUUUGGAAUGUCAAGAAGCUUGUACCCUACGCCGAAAUGUUGGACAGAGUGGGUAAACAGUUUAAAGGGCUAAAGAGACUCCAAGAUCAUGCUAAAGAGACGGCCAAGAAUUUUAGGAUUGAUGGGCAUUAUGGCACAGUUUCUUUUAUCACAUCAAUGACUGAGCAUUUUUGUGCUGGCUGCAAUAGGUUGCGUCUUUUGGCAGAUGGCAACUUUAAAGUAUGCUUAUUUGGCCCCUCAGAGGUUAGCCUGAGGGAUCCCCUUCGUCAUGGUGUAGAUGAUACUGAGCUCAAGGAAAUUAUUGGGGCUGCGGUUAAGAGGAAGAAAGCUUCUCAUGCUGGAAUGUUUGACAUUGCAAAGACCCCAAAUAGACCUAUGAUACACAUUGGCGGCUAGGACUUGGCAUUCCCCUCUUCUAAUGCACCAUAAGUUUUAUAUUUAUGCUCUAGCUGCUUCAAGAAAAUUCCCAAUUCUUGUGACCAAGUACAAAAUGUUAUUUGCAUUCAAUGAGAUGGAGUUGCACUAUCAUAUUGCAACUUGUUUUCACUGGCAAUCGUAGGUCCUUGAAGGGCUAAUUUGCAGAUGUUAAGCUAUUCACUGUUGUGAUACACCGAGUUGCACGGACAAAUAACAACAAUAAACAUACACAGAAGACUAAGAAGAAGAUGGAGGGAAAAAAAGGAACGGGUGGUGAAUGAAAAGAAGAAGAGUGCUACUGGCAAUGCUAAACUUGUUUCUAUUAGUGCUAAAUUUAUAAACAAGCAUAUUACUUCUAUAGGCAAUUUCAAGUGAAUUAAUAUAUAAUUAGCUCUUAGAUUUU